AAGAUGUGACUUUUAUUUUGACAGUAAUCUUACCUAUAUCCACCCGGAUGUUAAAACGAAUUAAUUUGCUUAUUACUCUUUCUGGUGUAAACAUGCAAUAGAGAAGAAGCACGUGUUUUUAAAUCAUAUUAAUAAAAAAUAAAUACAUAAAUAAAUAAACAAACGCAACAAUGGUCCGCGGUUGUGCUUUUCCCAACUGCACCAACAAGAUGACUAAAAGAAGUGGACUCAGUUUUCACCGUUUUCCUUUCCACACUCCGAAAACCCUGCACUUGUGGUUGCUCGCCCUGAGGAUGGAUGUAAACACACCGCUUUAUAAACUCCGCACUGCUGAUUUCAGAGUGUGUGGCGCUCAUUUCACGGAUGAUGACUUUUUCACAGAAACCGCACGCAAAACCACACGCAAACUCAGAUGUCUCAAGAGAUCAGCUGUGCCUCAUUCGGACCUGGGGCAUAUGUGGGGCAUCAGUGCACCUGAGGAUUGUAACCUAAAAGAUGAGCCACAUCCAGUUAUUAUAGGACGGUAUGAGAUUGUUACAGCGCCUCAAACUGAUCACAAAGCUGUCAAGAGCUUUCAGCCUUCUUAUCAAGGAACUGUCAUUUUUAAAAGCACUGAGCUGCUGGUAAGCACGCAAUGUUUGCUGGAGCUCUUCCAGUUCUGUUGGCUUUGUCAUAAAGAGUCCUGUAUUACCAUUGAGGGCAAUAAGAAGCUGUUUUCAGUCACCCAGGAUUGCCAGAACUGUGGCCACCAAAGACAAUGGAGGAAUCACCCACCUUUAGCCGAACCUACAGAAACAUUUCAUAAUGACCCCAAAGACCACGUAGAGACAUUUGAUGAAAGACAAGAGGACAGUGAUGAUGCGGCUUCAUAUGUAGAGGUGGAACACACAUUGGAGCCUGGGGAUGAGGAUAGUGAGGAGGUUGUGGUCCAGAUUGGGUCAUCAGAUCAUGAGGGCAGUGAAGAAAGCUAUGAGCAGAUGUUUAUUGAAACAGAUGGGUCAUAUUUUUCAAGUACUGAAGAGGAAACAAGCUUGCAGGAAGAGAAGAUGAAGAAGAAAAAAGAUUCUAAAAGACUUGACAGUUCAGAUGAGUGGCAGCCAGAUUUGAGUGAAGAAGCCACAGACUCCGAUGUGUCCAUGGAUGAAGACAUGUUCACAGCUUUAAAGGAGGACGGUCAGGGUAAACUUGUGGUGUGGUGUACACAAUGUGAGACCGAGGCCUCGCUCUCUUGUUCUGUCCUUCGACACAAGAAAGUCUUCUGCUGUGCUCAGUGUGAUGCUGGGGAUGAUACUGAGAUGCUCAGCUUAGAAAAACUAUCUGUUCAUUUUGAUGACUUUUCCAGUUUUCAGAGACAUGCUGAACAGGAACAUGGGGUCAAGAAAUUAUAUAAGUUGUGCCAGGAAUGUGGCAAGUUUGUUAUAGCGGACCCUCAAACAAAAGAACAUAAAUGUGAACAAAAGAUCAAAUUUGUUGUAUGUCAAGAGUGUGGAAAAAGAUUCCUCACUGAGGUCGGCUUAAAGAGGCAUUGCACUAAACUCCACGAAGAUGCAGAUCAUCCUUGUAAAUACUGCUUGAAGAUGUUUAAAAACAGGCCAGCGAAACUGCAACAUGAGCAAACUCAUCCUAAGGAUAAACAGCCAUACAGCUGUCCAGACUGUCCAGAGAAAUUUGACAAUCUUUACAAACGCAACAGCCAUGUCAGAUCCCACCGAGGUCCAUAUAAGUAUUUGUGUGAUAUAUGCGAAAAGCGCUUUAAAGACCUCCACAGGCUUAGGAGACAUAAACUCAUCCACUCUGGAGAAAAGCCUUAUAAAUGCCAAGUGUGUGAGCGUUCCUUUAACCAAAUGGAAAACCUCACUUCUCACAUGCGUGUCCACACUGGGGAGAAACCUUACAUGUGCGAGCAAUGCGGAGAGUGUUUUAACCACAACGUCAGCCUGAAGAACCACAAGCAACGGCACCACCACUUGGUUUUGAGUCAGGAGGACGAUGGAACAGGGUAAACUAGAAAACACGGAACUGAAUCCUAUAAAUGAAGGACAUUCUAGAGCAGGGGUGUCAAACUCUGGUGUAAGUAUAUUUGGCCCGCGAGAUCAUAUCAAAUGGCUAGCCGCAUGCUCCGCUAAUACUACAAAUCCCAGAAUGCCUUGCCACUGUAUUGAUGCGUAGUCACAAACAGCAAGCGCCCCUCAUUCUCUGUUGACAGUCGUUAAAAACCAUGUUACAGUCACAUCGGGCAAGUUAAUUCCACCCUCCACAAAAAUGGCCAACGGAAGAUGAACAAUAUGAGCUUUCAAGAUGCAGAUUAUCUGUUCACGAUUAUAAAGGACAGACCUGUUUGUCUUGUGUGCUAACGGAGCUAACGUGUCUGUAACGAAAGAACAUAACAUAAGAAGACACUAUGACACGAAACAUUAUGAGAAGUAU